AUGCAGAUAUUCCGCACCAAUUGUAUAUAUCCCCCAGAGACGGCAGGCUCGCGGGUUUCCAGUAAACUCAAAUGGAUGUUGAUCAACAUUAUCGUCCCAGAGUGGGCAUUCAGGAGGGCCUGCAGUGCUGUGUCCUCUGUUAGGAUGCUCAAGGACCGAUUUGCAGAGAUUCAGGAUAGAGAUGGCGUCCCAUGGUCUGACUCCCUUAUACACUAUGCCAACAUGGGUGGAUUCCCUAUCCAGUUUGUCAAUUCUGAUACUACCGCCGGUACUCAAGAGCUACCUUCUAUAAAAUAUUUCCCAGAGGGAAUACAAACCCCACAGAUACUUCAGAGAUCAAUGCAGAAGGUCUCGAAUGCGAUUGGAAAGGUUGACUGGGCAUUGGAUAAAUCUAAAAUCCUUGCCAUCGAAAAAGCAAACAUCAUCGUUUCCCAAGGCUACCUAAAGAAAGAAAGGAUCUUAAACAUGUCGUACACGAACUGGGUUGGAAACCUCACUCUUCUCUGUGGUAAUCUGUGCGUGGUAGAUGCGAACCAGUUUCUCCUUGCCCGUGAGCUUGGUAUCAUCGACAAACUACCCUACAUGCCGCAGGAUUCCCUAGAUGACCAUAACAAUGGUCGUCUUGUCGUCAAGAUCUUAGCAUUGCUGCAUAUCUCGUGGAUGUUCAUUCAACUCGGCGUAAGACUGGGCCAGAAUAUCCUAACAAGCCAGCUCGAGAUUUUUACCCACGUUGGAUGA